UUCACUUAAACCCUAGUCUAGUUCAUUUCUCAGACUCUGACACCUCACUGAGCUUCAAUGGCGAAAACCCUAGCUCGCUCCACCGCGUCACGCAUCACCAAGCGCUUCUUCUCCACCUCCGGAGCCACCACUCCUUCCCCUUCUUACCUCCUCUCCCGUAGAUCAACCCCAGCAAUCUCCCAUGCCGUCGGAUUCGUCUCUUCCUUGAAUCGUCUCACAACGAUUCGAACUCGAAUGGACAGGUCCGGUGGAUCAUACUCUCCACUCAAAUCCGGUUCGAAUUUCAGCGACCGACCACCUACAGAGAUGGCGCCGUUGUUUCCUGGCUGUGAUUAUGAGCAUUGGCUUAUUGUAAUGGACAAACCUGGAGGCGAAAACGCUACGAAGCAACAAAUGAUUGAUUGUUAUGUUCAAACCCUAGCUAAAAUUCUCGGCAGUGAGGAAGAAGCUAAGAAGAAGAUAUAUAAUGUAUCGUGUGAAAGGUAUUUUGGAUUUGGUUGUGAGAUUGAUGAAGAGACAUCAAAUAAAUUCGAAGGACUUCCUGGUGUUCUUUUCGUUUUACCAGACUCUUAUGUUGAUCAAGAGAACAAAGAUUACGGAGCUGAGCUGUUUGUGAAUGGGGAAAUAGUCCAACGACCUCCAGAGAGACAGAGAAAGAUCAUAGAGUUAACGACCCAGAGAAGCAAUGAUAAACCAAAGUACCACGACAAGACCAGAUAUGUCCGAAGGAGAGAGAACAUGCGUUGAAUCAAAAUCUAUGCUAGUGUGUCUGCAAGCAACAGAGCUUGUUUUCUAUUUUGAGUUCUCCUUAUGUAAUGGCUUUGUAGUUUGGUUUUAUUAGAACUUGGAAUUUGAUGAAACUAUUAUUAUUACAUAUACAUAAUUUGACCUUUGAAGGAUGUUUGUUUCGAAUUAUGAAAAUAAAUAUUUACAACUCUUA